AUGCCUCUCCUUCGCAGACUUUCUUCAAGCUUCAAGAAGAACAAACAUGGCCACACCAAUGGCAUCAAGAACGGCGCUACCAAUGGACACUUGACGCCUGUCGACGAAUCGCAUACUACGGAAACGCAUGAAACUACCCCAGGAAGCUCUGUGGCCCAGAGCCUCGCAAAGACCAAGGACGUAGAGAGAAAUGGAUCUCAUACCCAGUCCAUGCCUCCGCCGCCAGCAGAACCAGCUUCCUCGAAUACGGAUGGUCCUGCGUCCCGAAAAGACGUUGAAGAUGUCUUCCAGCAAUUUGCACAGCUGAUACACGCCUCCCGACGUCCACUUCCCACACAGUCGGGAGAUGGUCAGUAUCUCGAGAAGCAGGAAUCAUCCGGUUUCCUGGCAGAUCUCAAGUCCCUUGGUUUGAAAGACGUCAGGACUGUCUCACAUAUGCUGGAGGACAAGGCGAGCGGGAAGCCACAAGAUGACCGCAAGAUGCACAUGGAGGAGAUUAUGCAACUGAUUGCCGCUCUUCCAGAUCACUCUGCAAACAGAGUUCAACUGACUGGAACUCUUCUGGAUGUGCUGUGGAAUUCCUUGCAGCACCCCCCAAUGUCCUAUCUUGGGGAUGAAUUUCGGUACAGGUCGGCAGAUGGAUCGAACAAUUCAUACAUUUUUCCCAAGCUAGGUGCGGCCAACACACCGUAUGCUCGCUCGGUGUCUCCGGUGACAAUACAGCCUGGAGCUCUUCCCGAUCCUGGUCUGCUCUUCGACUCUCUGAUGGCACGAGAGGAGUUCAAACCACACCCGAACAAAGUGUCGAGCAUCUUUUUCAACUGGGCAUCUUUAAUCAUUCAUGACCUCUUUCAGACCGAUCACCAGGACUACAGUAUCAGCAAAACAUCUAGUUACCUCGACUUAUCGAUCCUCUACGGAGACACUCAAGAGGACCAGGACAACAUGAGAACCUUCAAGGACGGCAAGAUCAAGCCGGAUUGUUUUGCCGAAGAGAGGCUACUGGCCUUUCCUCCUGCUUGUGGCGUGAUGUUGAUUAUGCUGAACCGUUUCCACAACUAUGUCGUUGAUCAACUUGCCUUAAUCAAUGAGAAUGGGCGAUUCAAUAAGCCGUCGAGUAAGUUACCGUCGGAAGCAGCGAGCAGAGCAUGGGAAAAGUACGACAAUGAUCUUUUCCAGACUGGUAGGCUGAUCACAUGUGGACUCUACAUCAACAUUACUUUGUACGACUACCUCCGGACGAUUGUCAACCUUAACAGGACCAACAGUACUUGGACACUGGAUCCGCGGCUAGACAAGCCGAAGACAUUCGGGAGUGAUGGCACUCCGCGUGGAGUGGGCAAUCAAGUCAGCGCCGAGUUUAGCCUGUCGUACAGGUGGCAUUCGUGUAUUGGCCAGACAGACGAGGCGUGGACAGAGGCCGUGUAUCAGGAGCUGUUUGGCAAAGCACCUGACGAGGUCUCACUGCAGGAGCUCAUGGUCGGCUUGGGCAAAUACGACCACGAAAUACCAGAAGAUCCUCUGAAACGACCGUUUGCGCAUCUGAAGCGCGGUGACGAUGGUAAAUUCGAUGAUGGAGACCUCGCAAAAAUUAUGCAAACAGGCGUUGAAGAGGUUGCGGGUGCUUUUGGAGCUCGCAAUACUCCAAAGUGUCUUCGCGCCAUCACCGUUCUCGGAAUCAUGCAAGGCAGAGCUUGGAAUCUCUGCACACUCAACGAGUACCGGAAAUUCUUUGGCCUGAAGACUUACGACACCUUUGAGGAGGUGAACCCCGAUCCCUAUAUUUCGGAACAGUUGAAACACCUCUAUGAGCAUCCUGACUUCAUCGAGCUAUAUCCUGGUCUCGCUGUCGAAGAAUACAAACAGCCCAUGGUUCCGGGAGUUGGGAUUUGUCCCACCCACACCAUCUCUCGUGUUGUUCUCUCAGAUGCCGUUGCUUUGGUGCGGGGAGACCGAUUCUAUACCCUCGACUACAACCCUAAGAACUUGACGAACUGGGGGUUCAAUGAGGUUGCUUUUGACCUGAGUGUCAAUCAAGGCUGUGUCUUUUACAAACUACUCCUCCGUGCUUUGCCGAACCAUUUCAAGCCCAACAGCAUUUAUGCCCACUAUCCCAUGACGAUUCCAAGCGAAAAUGCAAAGAUCAUGAAGGACCUUGGCCGAUAUCACGACUACGACUGGAGCACGCCGACGUAUAUACCCACAAGAGUAAACUUGACAUCCUACCAAAGUGCAAAAUACCUGCUAGAGCGCCCUCAAGACUUUACUGUCAUGUGGAACGACGGUUUGGGUUUUGUCAUGGGUAAAGGGGGCGAAAAGUUCUGUUUGGGCGGUGACACCCGUCUGCAUCGCAAGCAACGUGAGCUUAUGCAUGGUUUGCUAUAUCGUGAAAAGUGGCACGAACACGUCAAAGCAUUUUACCAGGAUAUCACACUUCGACUGUUGCACGAGAAAAGCUGCAAGAUUGCCAAUGUCAACCAAGUCGACCUGACGAGAGACGUGGGAAACCUUGCGCACGUUCACUUUGCCGCCAACAUUUUCGCUCUCCCAUUGAAGACACAUAAGAACCCAGGUGGGAUUUUCAGCGAACAAGAGCUAUGGAUGGCGAUGUGUGUUAUUUUCACAGCCAUAUUCUUCGACUUUGAGCCGACCAAGUCUUUCCAGUUGCGGUUGGUGGCAAGAAAGCUGGCCAACAUGCUCGGAAAGUUGAUCGAGAUGAAUGUCAAAUCGGUCACUGCAACCUCAUUUGCAUCGAAGCUGUUUGACAGCUUCCGUGAGAAUGACAAUGCUUUGGCAGAGUACGGAGUCCAUAUGAUUCGCCGCCUGAGCGAGUCCGGCAUGAGCACGUACGACAUGGCUUUCAGCCAGAUCAUGCCAACUGCGACCGCCAUGGUUCCCAAUCAAUCUCAAGUGUUCAGUCAGGUCAUGGACUACUACCUUGGCGACGAAGGUAUUGAAUACCUCCCGGACAUUCAACGCCUCGCAAGGAUCGACAGCAAAGAGUCUGACGAAAAGCUUCUUCGCUAUGUCAACGAGGGCAUCCGUCUGAAUGGAACCUUUGGCAGUUAUCGUCGCAGUGAGGUCAACCAUGUCUUCAACGAUGGCAACCGUCAAGUCACGGUCAAACCUGGUGACAAGGUGUUUUGCAGUUUUGUCGCUGCAGCACGCGACCCCAGCAUCUUUCCAGACCCAGAUCGUGUCCGCCUGGACAGGCCAAUGGAUUCCUACAUCCACUAUGGCAUUGGAGACCAUACCUGCCUUGGUAAAGAUGCGAGCAUGGUUGCACUUACCGCCAUGCUGCGCACGGUUGGACAACUCAACAACCUACGACGGGCUCCUGGCCCUCAAGGUCAGCUAAAGAAGGUUCCGAGGGAGGGAGGCUUCUACGUCUACAUGCGAGAAGACCAAAGCUCCUACUUUGUCUUCCCCUGCACAUUCAAGGUUCAUUUCGAUGGGCCGCUACCAGCACUUCGAAGCUCAACGACAAAGUAA